GUUUUGAAGUAACGUGACAUCAGUGCCCAUGUAUAUUUAUUUUCGCUAUUCGCCAUUUUAUUUGCGAUACUGUGGAUUACAUUUUAAGAUUUGUGGAUGGUGACUCUGAGUCAAACAAGAAAAGCUCCAGCAAUAACGGACUUAUUUACCUCAUAUGUGCACCCGGAAGUGGUGUAAUAGUUAAUGUCUCUGUGUUUAGUUUGGGAGUUUGAAGCAGGACUGUGUUUGUUUUAGCACUAAUGGGAAGUUGACCGAUCGGGAAUGGAAGAUGACUCUUCCGUGACUGUGAAUGUCACCGCGCAAAAAAUGCCCGGUUAUAUCGGACGCGACGGGGAAUCUGUCCAUGUGUCCAGCGGGACGCGGAGCACAGAUUUCGACCGGGAUGUCCGUAGCAGCAGCAGGGCAAUUGUGCCAUCAUCAUCAUUAUCCUCGAGGGAUGUUUUGGAAUUUCAUAAAUACAAGCACGAGCCCGGGAAUUAUAAAGAAAAUAGGGAAACCAUUCGAGCAGUGGAUAUUUUGAGAAGGAAUUUUGGAUCCCCUGUCAGUGAUCCAGAAGAUCCUCUGGAGAAAUUAGAAAAAGGAAUUGAGAUCAAACUGGAUGACUUGGAUCAUGAUGAAAGAAAAGAAAGUCCCAAACAAGACAUGGAAAGCAACUCAGGGUUGGGAGAAACUGAACUUUGUGAUCCAGAUGGGAACCUUAAUAUUGAUUAUAAUAUUGAUUUCAAGAGAGCUGAAGAUAUCAGCCAAUCAAAAGAGCAUGUUUACUGCACUGUGUACUGUAUUGCCAAUGAUAAUUAUAGGAUACCUGUCGAGAAAACAUCUGAUAACGAGACGACAUCACCCUCAUCAUCAUCGUCAUCUUCAGAUGCGCCAAAUCAAUCAGAAUCGGACCAUGAUCCCUACCCAGAGCCAUAUACAGUCACCGACCUUGGGGUGUCUGAGACGAACAGCUCUUAUAAUACUGACAGCAGUUCAUCUGUUGUGUUAACAUGUCGAAUUUGCCUCGAUUGCAAACAUAUCAUGCCGCUACACUGUUGCAUGAUGCCAGUUUGUGAGGAGUGCCUGAAAAGAUACAUCAGCUCACAGGUUGAAGUGGGCCGGGCACACUUGGUUUGUCCCAUCCCGGAGUGCAGUGGUUAUUUGAAGGAGAGUUUGGUGAUUUUACAUCUGACCAGUGAGGAUCUGGCAAGAUACAAGUACUUUCUGGAGCUCAGCAGACUGGACUUCAGCACUAAACCCUGCCCUCAGUGCAACCUGUUUACGUCACUGAAGAGACACAGCCAGCAGACAUCCACCAAGACUGAACAUAAGUAUAAGAUUCAGUGCACAGAGUGCCAGUUUGUCUGGUGUUUUAAAUGCCACGCGCCAUGGCACGAAGGCCUGAAGUGUCGAGACUAUAGAAAAGGAGACAAACUGUUGCGUCACUGGGCCAGCGUCAUCGAACAUGGCCAGAGGAACGCUCAGAAGUGCCCACGCUGCAAGAUCCAUAUUCAGAGAACUGAGGGCUGUGAUCACAUGACCUGCACACAGUGCAACACUAAUUUUUGUUACCGUUGUGGGGAAAAAUAUAGGCACCUGCGCUUCUUUGGGGACCACACCUCCAACCUGAGUGUGUUUGGCUGCAAGUACCGCUACUUGCCUGAGAAACCCCACCUGCGGCGGCUGGUCCGAGGCUCUGUUUGUAUGAGUAAAGUGCUGGUGGCUCCAGCGGUCAUUGUUCUUGUUGUGAUCGUUGGAGCUCUGGCGCUUGUCAUAGGCCUGUUUGCAUUGCCUAUCUACUACAUCUGUAAGAGGAGAAGGAAGCGCUCACAGGGGUCGGGCCGCUGGAUGUGCUGAGUCAGCCUCUAUCAUCCUGCUCAGGAUCUGGACACACAAACACACCACAAAAAUAGCC